GCAGAUAAUAUAGUCUUCUACCGAUAGAGAGAAUAUCAACAAAUCGAAACAAUUAAUUAUCUAGAUGGAAGAUCGAGAUUUUGGACUGAUCGAUCGAGUCCAAAUCUUUUACGGGUGAGGAUCCGACUCCUAAGGUAAUGCACCUAAUCUUCUAGUAUAUUCUGUCAUAAAAAAGGUGUUAUUUGGACAAAAAAUUUAGGCUGAAAAUCAGGUUAUGCAAUCUGAGUUUUGAUUAAUUGAGUAAAUGCAUUUCUUUUUGAAGUUUUUUUGGGCCGACUUCAUGGCAAUUAAGUUUGAUUCACAAAGGGUCUUAUCGUUAACUCUUGAACUUUGAAAUACAGUAUGAGCUUUGAAAAAGAGAACAGUUGCAUAAACUCAGCUUUUUACUACCUGGAGUACGAGCAAUUCAUCCAUCGUCCUUCAUUGUACCGCAAAUGGGCGGUGGGAUUGGCCCUGAGAAUAUAUCGAGGCGCCCGUAAACUGGUCCGGACACUUGAGAUUUCGAAAUUAGUUCGUUGUCCAUUCUCAAAGUGGCCCUUAUAGCUGCUAGGUAAAAGUGUAAAGAGGAGAUUUGCACACAACAUUGUAGAAGACGGUUUGAGGCAAGGAAUCAUUCGAAGGAAGCCUUUUUGGCUGGCCAUAGCUUCUAUAUUCCCUCCCCUCAACACGUAUUCUUCCAUUCCAUUCUCUCUCUCUCUCUCUCUCUCAUAUGCUCAUAGCUUCAAGUACUCUUCAAGUAUCCGAAUCCUUAACCAACUUGUACAGAGACAGAAAGAUGGGUUCCAAAGACAAUGUAUGUGAGCCAGUCUUGUUUCUCUUGGUUGUGGUGAUUGCAUCAGGGAUAAGAUUGUCCGAAGGUACAAAUUUCACCCUAGUAAAUUCCUGCAACGAAACCAUAUGGCCCGGAAUCACGGCCAACUACAACUCGACCGGCGACGACGGUUUCGCCCUCAAACCGGGUCAAUCCAGCAUCUUCUCCGCCCCAUCCGGCUGGGGCGGCCGCAUGUGGGCCCGAACCGGCUGCGACUUCAACCAAAACACCAGCACCGGAAAAUGCCAAACCGGCGGCUGCGACUCCUCCCUCAAGUGCUCCGGCCCGGGCGACCCGCCCUUCUCCAUUGCCGAAUUUAACCUCGGGGACAUCGAUUAUUACGACGUUAGCCUCGUCGACGGCUUCAAUUUGCCCUUAACAAUUACCCCCGUGAAGGGUACAAAGGGCAAUUGCAGUGUGGCGGGAUGCGACAGCGAUCUGAGGGCGAAUUGCCCGGAGGAGCUCGUGCAGAAGUCCGAUGGGAAGGUGGUAGCCUGUCGGAGUGCGUGUAACGUGUUUGAUUCCGACGAGUAUUGCUGCAGAGGGGCGUUUUCGGAUCCGGUAUCGUGUGUGCCUACCAACUAUUCCAGGAUUUUCAAGCAGGCUUGCCCGGCCGCGUAUAGCUAUGCUCACGAUGAUUCCACUAGUGUUUUGACUUGCUCUACCACGGAUUAUAUUCUUACUUUCUGCGCAUCUAGGAAUCAAACAGAGUGCACGUAUCACGACAAGCAGCUUGUGUGCCCUGGAUCAAAAUCAUCAGAUGGGUUAAAGGAAUUCCCACAAAGACUCCGGAUCCUCAUGCUGGCAUUUCCCAUAGUCAUGAAUUCCAUAUUCAACUUUUGAAUUUUUUUUUUUUUGGUUUAAACAUUU